GAUAUAGGAACCUCUCUCAUUUGUCCUUCUUCCUCCUCUUCUUCUUCCUCCUCCUCCUCCUCUUCUUCCUUCUCUUCCUCAUUGUCUUCCUUACCCUCAUCCUUACCAUCCUCCUCCUCCUCCCCUUCCUUUUCUUCCUCCUCGUCUUCCUCCUCCUUCUCUUCCUCCUCUUCCUUUCGUCUUCGUUUUCCAAGAGAGGCACGCAGCACAUCCUCCUCCUCAUCCUACAGAAGAUCCUACCCCUCAAUGUCCUACAGGAAGGGGAUGCCUCGAGCUGCCAGGUACUCCUCCUACACCCGCAGAUACACCCCAUCCUACAGGAGGAGGUACGCGGCUAGGAUGUCAAUGCCCAAGUCGAGUCCUUCUAAGGGAAUGUUCACCAGGAUGUCCUACUCCCCUCGAAGGUCCUACUCGAGGACUCGUAGGAAUAUCUUCUCAUCCUUAAUGCCUUUUUCGCCACGAAGACGUGUUUUCACUAGGCCUAUUGCUACUACUGCUGCUACUACUACUACUACUCCUACUACUGCUGCUGCUACUACUACUACUACUACUAAUACACAGGACAUCCCCCCUCCACGUUUCAAUCUUGCUACCACUACUACUACUACUACUACUACUACUCCUACUACUACUCCUACUACUAAUACUCCUACUACUACUACUACUCCUACUACCACUACUACUACGCCUACUACUACGACUACUACCACAACACCUAAUACUACUACCACUACUACAACUCCGACUACUACUACUACUUCUACUACUACCCCAACUACUACUUCUACCACUACUACUACUCCAACUACUACUACUACUAAGCCUACUACUACUACUACUACUACGCCUACUACUACUACUACUACUACCACCACCCCAACGACUACCAAUACUACUACUAAUACUACUACCCAUACCACAACCACACCUACUACUACUACUUCUACUACCACCACGACACCCACCACCACAACCACACCUACUACUACCACUACUACUACCCCUACCACUACGACCCCAUACUACCAGACAACCACCACCACUCCGUAUGGUUCAGAAUGGGGGAUCCUUGACCAGCAUUACUUUCUCUCAACCACCACUACCACAAUCGCUACCACCACCCCCAGUCAACCACGCAGCCACUCACCACAACCUACCACAACCCUGGGCUCGUUUUCCGCUAUUCUCAACCAGUUUUUCACCGUGUCAACCACUAUUCCUACCACUGCAACUUCUGCUACCACUACUACUUCUACUACUACGACUCCCACCACCACUACUACUGCAACAACUCCCACCACUACUACUACUACUACUACUACUACUCCUUCUACUACUACGGAAGCUUGUGAGAUCGUGAGAACGCUGUAUGAACCAACGAAGUGCGAUGUUCAUACAAGUGGAGUGAACGCAACAGAGAAAAAAAUCAUCCUGGACGCACACAACCGCCUGCGAGCAUGGGUGGCGGCGGGGAACGAGACGCGAGGCAAUCCAGGCAGCCAACCACCAGCCUCUGACAUGACCCAGCUGACGUGGAAUGACCAACUGGCUCAGGUGGCCCAGGACUGGGCAGACCGAUGUCAGUUCAUUCACGACCAGUACAAGGACCGAAGAAUCUGCUCCCGAGACUACGAAGUGGGCCAGAACCUUUACUAUAAGUGGGAGGGGAAGAAAGUGUCGGACUGGAAGCUGGCGGUGGAGUCUUGGUAUGAUGAGGUCGAUGUGUUCUCUGCUGGACGGGUGGACUCGUUCGAACCCGGCACCGAAGUAAUCAGCCAUUACACUCAGGUGGUGUGGGCGUCGACGCGGGAGGUCGGCUGCGGCGCCACGUACUUCGUGCCCUUCAUGUUCGGCGUGAGUCGCCUCUACGUGUGUAACUACGGCCCGCGCGGGAACCAGGUGGGCGGCGCCGUGUACAGCAGGGGCCCAGCGGGGACGGGGUGCGGUGAAGCGGUGACCAGCGACGGCCUGUGUGUGUGGGGCUGA